AUGGAAGAGUCCUUCCGCUUCACCGGUCGUGCUACCAGCGCCUCCGCUGCCGCUCGUCGCAACGCUGAGCGUGCAACCGCCCUGCGAGGCAAUCUCACCUCGCCCAGCAAUAUGUCUAGCUCCUCCGACAGCGAGGGAGGCGGCGCCCCUCUUCACAGUGGAGGACCCUCUGUUGCUCCGACUGAAGAUGCAUCUAUCUGUACUGCCGAGGACACGCCCAAGACUACUCGUGGCGUUGCAGCUCUUACCAGCAGUGUUCCCGCCUUGACCAUCGGCCAUAACUCUAGCGCCACUUAUCUCCCUCCCCACCUCCGUGGAUCCCGCGAUGAGGCUCAAGAUCAGAUGAACCAGACUGGCUCUAGCUUCCAGCUUGGUAAUGCUCCCACGGAUGGAGAUGUCUUUGGCAAUUCCGACACCGAGGGCCUGGAUUCUACUCAGGGUUAUCAUGAUGCUGCUGGCCUUCACCUUGGCCUUCCGGACAAUGCUCGUCAUCAUGUUAGUUCUGACCACGACAUGGUCGCCACCACCGGUGACGAUGAUGGCGAUAUGCAACCCGCUCCUGGUUCUACCUUGCGCCGUAACUUCACCAGCGGCGCAAUGCUUGGAAGUCCCGAGCCUCGCGACUUGGGUUCGGUUACUCGUAGUGCUUCUGCUCAGAUGCUGCCUGCUUCACGAUCUUCGGGUAGUUUGAUGGCCUCCGACUCUCGCCAUCAGGUUGGUGGUGUUGAUGCCCAGGCUUUCUACUCGCCUGGCGCUUGCGUCUUUGUCGCAAACUUGCCUGAGGGUGUUGAUGAUGUUCAUCUCGAGGCAGAGGUCACUCGCUCCUUCAGCGAGUAUGGCACUGUAUUCGUCAAGAUUCGCCGCGAUGCUCGCAAUAUGCCCUUCGCCUUUUGCCAGUUUACUUCGGAGGCCGAUGCCAAGGUUGCCAUGGCCAAGGGUAAGGGUAGAAUGAUCUUUGGUCGUGCCUGUCGCACUGAGCCUGUUCGCGCCAACCGAACUUAUAUUAUGCAUCGCACUAAUGGCGACAACCUUGAAGUCGAGGAGGCACGCGAUGCUCUCGCUGAUCGUGGCUUCUAUCCCUUGGAGAAGUGCGAGAUGUUGCCGCCUGAUAUCCAGGCCCAGCAGGGUAUGAGUCGCUCCGUCCUUGUCAAGCUCAAGAAGUUUGACCCUACCAAGGAGCUUCAAAGUGCUUUCCGUCACCACUCUCGUUAUCGAGUCAUUCCUUUCGAUGAGCAGAAGGGUACUCAGGUCACCAAGCUCGACCCAGCCGAGCUUUGGCUACAGAGAUAUGAGGUUGAUCGUCGCUCUAUCUUCAUCGGAGACCUACCUUAUGGCUAUCCUCUCCUUGAACAGCGCCUCCAGACUGUUCUGAGUGAGUUUGGUGAUGUUGCUGAUAUUCAGCUGGUCAGUCGAGAGCCUCGUGGUGAUGGUCGCACUCCUACGACCUUUGCUUUCGUCGAAUUCGGACGACCUGACAUGGCUGCCACCGCUGUUGAUGGCCUCAAGGGUCACCAGCUCUUCGGCUACAAUGUUCGCGUAGAGCGAAAGGUCUGCAGAGAUGCCAACAUUCGUGGCACCCAGCGCUUCAGUGCCGCUCGAGGUCGAACUUAUCAGAGCCCUAGCUACGAGCGCGGACAAGGCCGUUUCUACAAUGCUCUCGAGUCCCCCGAGACUCCCCUCCGCUCGGCUGAUGCUCCUCGCCGCCUUGCAGGCCCUGACACAGCCACUGUCGCCAACACUGCUACUGGCCGCUAUGAUUGGUCCAGCCCUACCCUGGGCACCGGAAACAAUUACACCACGUCUCCCUACCCCAUGACCGAGCACGGUCAGAACGCCACUGCUUACAACCCGGCCAGCCCUCCGAUGCCUGGCCAGUACGCUCCUCACGGCCUAAUGGGUCACCCGAUGAGUCCUCAGAUGGCCACCCCUCUUGCCCACAUGGCUGCUGCCAACGCCAUGAGCCCUUACGCACUCUACGCUUCGCAGUAUUCGUGGAUGUCGCCUUACCUAGCUGAUCCUCAGUACGCCCCCUAUGCCUUGGCCCACUUGGCCAAUGAGGCCAAUACUCAAGCCAAUGCUGGCAAUGUCGCUGGUACUGAGGCUGGCGGAGAGGAUGAUGAUCAGCCCGACACUCCUACCCGUAUUGCCAACGGCAGCAACACUCGCGGUCGCAACGCUCGUCGUGAGGGAGGUGGCAAUGACGCUUAA